GAUUUUUUUUUGUCACCCCCCCCCCCCCAAGAAAGAGAUGAUGUGGACGUCUGUUGUGCUGCCGGCGCUGCUGCUGGCAGUGGCUUCCCACGCUGGGGCAAAGCCCAAAAACCGCUUCACUCGCUAUCCGUCAUGGAACACUAAGAUGUACCCAGUCUGGAAAGAUGGAGACCCGCGAUACAAAGACUCCUGGAAAGGUGGAAGAGUGACCUUCAACGUGGGGAACGAUUCGCCAACCCUGACUGGGGCCAAGGUUACCUUCACCAUUGACUUGGAGUUCCCACACAGCCAAAGGGCGCAGCCUGACGGCGACGUCGUCUGGGCUGAAGACUGCGUAGUCAACGGAACAAAAUACCGCGAGGCUGAGCCAGUGUACCCAGCACAGAACACAGACUGGGAAGCUGUUUUUCCCGAUGGGACACCAGUCAAGAAGGACAAGAAGCCGGCCUAUGUGUUUGUCUGGAAGACCUGGGGUCAGUACUGGCAGGUGGCGGACGGCCCCUCCUCCUCCCUGACCAUCGGCACGGACGACAUCCCACUGGGAUCCUACACCAUGGACAUCGUUAUCUACCACUACCGGAGCAAAGAGAAGUUCAUUCCUCUGGGAUACGCCUCCGCCCAGUUCUCCAUCACUGAUCAGAUCCCCUUCGCUGUCUCCCUGGACCAAGUGAACGACAUCGUGGCCGGGGACAUGCGCUUCGUCCAGAACAGGGCGAUCGCCUUCACCAUCACCCUCCACGACCCCAGCGAGUACCUCAGCAGCGCAGACAUCACCUACAACUGGGACUUCGGGGACGAAAGUGGGGCCCUCAUAUCCAGAGAGCUGACUGUCACCCACACCUACGUCCGCUCCGGGUCGUUCAAGCCUCAGGUGGUGAUCCAGGCAGUCAUCCCGGAUAAGGCCUGCGAUCCACCAGUUGAGACCCCAACCAAGGCCCCUGGUCCGUCCACCGACCAGGGCACCACAGUGAACGCCCCCGCACUGGCGUCCGCUCUCCCUCCACUGGUUUCCACCAAGGCAACCGGCCUGAAUGUCAACAUGACGCCUUCGGACACAGAGGAGGACAACACUGAGGACGAGGCCUCCAGUGCCUCCACCACCCAGCCUGCCCAGGAGACACCCACCGUGGCCAAGACUCCCUCCCCCGUCAACCGCGACACGCCGGCUGACGGUGACGCGGGGCCUGGGCUCGCAGCAGCUGCGAAGCGAACAGCGACCCUGACGGGCCAAGCUACAGUGGCGGUGGUUGCUGAGGGGGAUGCCGAUGAUAAACCCGCUGAUGACGACUGUGUGAUUUAUCGAUACGGCUCCUUCUGCACCGGCAUUGAAGUGUUUGAGGGCAUCGAAACAGUGGAGAUACUACAAAUGGACAAUGUUGUAAUGGCGACACCGGAAAUGGACAAAAACGCUUUGGAUAUCACCGUUACCUGCCAGGGAAGCCUUCCUAAAGAGGUGUGCAGUGUGAUUCUGGACGCAGAGUGCUUGAGGCCGAUUCACACAGCGUGCAACAUGGUGGAGCCCUCAAAGGAGUGCCAGCUGGUGCUGCGUCACUUCUUCAAUGACUCCGGUGUCUACUGCAUCAAUGUGACCAUGGCCAACGAUGUCAGUUUAGCUGCCGCCAGCGCCAGAUUCAGCAUCGAGAUGGGUUCCGGCGUUUCCUCCACUGGCGCCAUCGCCAUGUUGUUGGGUGUCCUGCUACUUGUUCUGGCAGUAGGAGUAGUGGCGUAUACCUACAAGCGCUUUAAGUCCUACCGACCUCUGAAGGAGGACAUGACUGUGUCUGGAGCCCAGCAGCUUGGCCGGGCUCAGGGCUGCUCAGGAGCCUCGAUCUUCUGGAACCUCCUGAGCAGACGGGGAGUCGUCGACAACUGCCCUCUGCUGCAGGACAGGCCGGUGUGAACCAUCACCAGCCUUACGCAGCCAAAUAGAAAAACCAAGCAGCAUCUGACUUGCAGGUUACAAGCACCU